GCAGAUGAUGAUGUAGAUGAGAUCAAGCAGUACAGAGAUGCAAGGUGGGUGACUCCUCCAGAAGCGUUAUGGAGGAUAUACGGCUUUGAGCUUAGUCAGAACUCUCCACCUGUGAUGCAAUUGCAACUCCAUCUUCCAAACAUGCACAUGGUGGCGUUUCACGAACGACAAAUGGUCGAGCGAGUCGUCAACCGUCCAGGUGCUGAUAGGUCAAUGCUCACGGCAUAUUUUGAAGCGAAUAGGCUACAUGAGGGGGCUCGUGGCAUCCUAUAUCGUGACUUCCCUGAGUGGUACACUUGGCAAAGUGGUAAGGGCAAAGUAUGGCAACGGAGGAAGCGUGAUACGGGUGGACAAGUCGGUAGAAUAGUCUCUGCUCAUCCCGCUGAGGGGGAGCGCUACUAUCUCCGUGUUCUCCUAAACCAUGUGACUUGUGCCACCUCCUAUGUGGAUCUAAGGACAGUAGAUGGUGUCCCGCUACCAACUUUUCGUGAGGCAGCAGAGAGAAGGGGACUGCUUGAGUCGGACAACACACUGGAUGACUGUCUCACUGAACGUGCUCUUUUCCAGAUGCCAUUGGCGCUGCGACGACUUUUUGCCACAAUACUGGUGUACUGUGAGCCAAGCGACAUGGCGGUACUCUGGCAGAAUCACCUAGAUGUUAUGUCAGAGGACUAUCAACACAGGAGUCAGGGUAAAACUCAUGUUGAGCAGAUGGUAUUGAUUGACAUUAGGAACAUGCUGCAGUCAAUGGGAAAGGACAUAAAGACAUUCCCUCUUCCUCCUAUCAUCGACGCAUAUGACGAUGCUAUUGGUACUGCUAGGGAGGUCUACGAGGAGGAAAGUAUCGAACCAGCAGUGGGAGAUGUGGCUCUCAAAGACUCUCUUAACGAGGAACAGAGGGUCGCCUAUGAUAAGAUUCUAUCUGCCGUGGACACUGAUAAGGGCGGAUUGUUCUUUGUGGAUGGACCUGGUGGCACCGGGAAGACUUAUCUAUAUAGAGUGCUGCUCGCGACGCUACGCAGCCAGGGCAAGAUUGCAGUGGCAACAGCUACAUCUGGCGUUGCGGCUUCCAUAAUGCCUGGAGGAAGAACCGCCCAUUCACGCUUCAAAAUACCUCUCACUAUUGACGAUGGCGCUGUAUGUAGCUUCACGAAGCAGAGUGGAACCGCAGAGUUGCUACGGAAAGCAUCUCUCAUUAUCUGGGACGAGGCUUCUAUGACCAAGAGACAAGCCGUUGAGGCACUGGACAAUAGCAUGCGCGAUAUAAUGGGUCGGCCCGAACUACCAUUCGGUGGUAAAACCAUUGUCUUCGGUGGGGAUUUCAGACAAGUCUUGCCUGUUGUUCGUAAAGGGUCAAGGGCUCAAGUGGUCGCUUCUUCGCUACGAAUGUCUUACCUAUGGGAGUCCAUGUCCCACUUAAAGCUUGUUAGCAAUAUGAGGGCAAAAAAUGACCCUUGGUUUGCGGAGUAUUUGCUGCGCGUAGGCGGUGGAACUGAGGACACAAAUAGUGACGGCGACAUCUGUCUUCCUGACGAGGUAUGUGUGCCUUAUAGUGGGAGUGACAACGAUCUUGACAACCUAAUAGACUUCGUUUUCCCAAAUCUCAACGAAAAUAUGUCUGAUUCGACCUACAUCACUUCAAGGGCGAUACUGUCAACGCGGAACGACUGGGUGGAUAUGAUAAAUGCUAAGAUGAUCGAUCGUUUUCAAGGGGAGCAUAUGUUGUACCAUAGUUUCGAUAGCGCCAUGGAUGAUCCUCAUAACUACUACCCUCCUGAGUUCCUAAACACACUGACGCCUAAUGGGCUGCCACCACAUGUUUUGAAGCUCAAGAUUGGAUGCCCUAUUAUAUUGCUUCGGAAUAUAGACCCUGCGAAUGGACUUUGCAAUGGCACCAGACUGGUCAUUCGUGGUUUCCAAAGAAAUAGCAUUGACGCAGAAAUUGUACUGGGUCAGCACGCUGGAAAACGGAUUUUCUUGCCGCGUAUACCUCUGUGUCCCUCCGAUGAAGAGAUGUUCCCUUUCCAGUUCAAAAGAAAGCAGUUUCCUGUACGGCUUAGCUUUGCAAUGACUGUUAACAAAGCACAGGGUCAGACUAUUCCCAAUGUUGGUGUGUACUUGCCCGAACCAGUGUUCUCUCAUGGCCAACUAUAUGUUGCUCUAUCUAGAGCGAUAGCCCGAUCGAACAUAAAGAUCCUUGCCAUCCCAACCGUCGAUGGGAAGAAGAGGUCGAGGAAGGGUCUAAGAAAGAACCCUACAGUAGAUUGUGGGACAUGCACCAAAAACAUCGUAUACAAGGAGGUCCUAACAAACUAGACCCACGCUUCAACACAUCUAAAGAUGAAUCCUCUAAAACCGUCGAUGGGAGCAGAGAAGCAGAUGUACGGUCAGCCAAGGUUUCUAAUCACCUUCAGUUCAUGCUUGUUAUUUGGCAUGCCUGAACAACAUUUACAGUAUCUUAUUUUUUUUCAUAUGCAUUUGUCAUUCAUAAUAUAUGGUCUCAUAUGAAACAUAUGAAUAUGCCUAGCUUUAUGUCCCUUAUAGUCUUCAAAAUACUAUAAAUUCUUACAGUGUAAUAGAUUUCCAUUUUUGUAUCGCUAUUACUGCUUAUAUAUGAAAUAGAGUGCAUUUCUAUGUUUACACCACAUGCAGCCCGUUUGGGGUUUUAUAACUAGAACUUAAUGUUUUCAUCUCUGGUGAAGCUAUAAAUAAAACCUCGGAGUGUAACUCCAUUGCAUUUUGUUAAGUGGCAGUAGCAUUAUCUGCAUUUUCCUUUUCUGUGUGUCUGCCCCAAUAUAAUUUGAAAUUUGUCACUACUUUGCUUUUCAUGAUUGUUAGUAUAGUAUUCAUUGUUAGUAUAGUAUUCUAAAAAAGUAGUUUGUUACAAUAAUGGAAAUCCAAUAACAUGAUUAUAACAUACACACCAGAUUGUGCAAGUCGAAAGGAAAUGUUAAAAGCUCAUCAUAUUGUCCUAAUAAAGGCAGUACAUGAUCAUGAAGUCAAGUUCGCAAUGUUCUUGUAAUUUGGUCUUGAAGACCCAGCACUACUAUUUAUCACAUGGAAGGCCCCAGUUGUUCAUUCCUUUAUUUGACCAGAAAUUGAUAUAAUUAAUUUCUAUUGCAUUAUGAAUUCAAACAGUUUUUAGAGUUAAAACAUUAAUACCCUUAGAUAUUGUAAUUCUUGUGGAGCUUACUCUCCCAAUCUAAAGUGAAUUUUGAAGAGUUAAUCAUUACAUGUCUUGUGGAAAUGUGAAAUACCACUGUGGGUUGCACCUUCUCACGUAGAAGGAAACCAUGGCCCCAAUUACCCAGGUGGCAUGGGCAUGACGAUAUGCUUCUAUGCUAAUUAUUAAAGAUUGUUAGGGCUGGCCUAUAUAGAAGGCUGUAGUCCCAUUGAUUUCUUUUAACAAGAAACAUACCUAAAGUUUCCCCCAUUCAAGGGAUCUGUGAUCAGAGCCUCUUCCUUGGCUUAUGGCUUUAUGCCUUUAUCAAGUUCAGCUGAGUUAAGUGGCAUCUAACUUACCUUGAGCCUCUGUUCAUAUUAAAAAGCUGUACAAACUGCAUUUUGAUUAAAAACCAGACAUCUCAUAGAUAUAAAGAGCAACUUUAAAUUUGCAACUUGCUCUUUGUCAUCUGCUUUCAAGUCGGACGACUUGCUGGUCGUUCUGGCUGACCAACUUGGGCAAUUAAUCGUGAUUGGGUCCAAAUCAACUUGGACGAUUAAUCACAAUUAAUCGGACGACUUGAAAACAGAUUCUUGAAUACAGAGGAUAAUGUCAUCUGCAUACUGCAGGAUGGCCACUCCAUAAUCAAUAUAUUAUGGCACUAAACCUUCAAACAACUUUUCUUCCGGGCUAAACACUUGGAAUAACAUUGUAUUUUUUAGCUGUUUUUAGUGCCUUAUUUGUACAUUACCUAAAUAGCUAAACACUUGGAAGAUCUGCUUCAUUGAGUCACCAGAUCGCGGGUUCGAAGCAGCCUCUCUGCAUUUGCGGGAGGAAGGCUUGCCUCUGGUACUCGGUCUGCCAUUUUUUUUAUUUGUACAUUACCUAAAUGUAUUGUCCCUGUGUGCAAUCCAGAUAUUGAUUUUCAAUUAAUUGGUGAUAUUUAAGUGGUCGAGGGUUAAAUAUUGUUUAUUUGCCAAGCGAGCCAACCAACAUCAUACAUAGAAUAUGCACUAUAUCUAUAACAUUUAGUAGAUAUUUCCAUUUAUUGAUUGACGCACUUGACGUCGUCGUGAUGGCUUGACCAGACAGUUAAACUAAUAGAGAUUACUAGGAUAUACACCAUCCAGUCAAAAGGAUUGUACUAGCCUCUAUUGUCUGGGGCUUUUAAGGUGAUUAGUGAAAACCUGAGAUACGUAUAUGUUAAUGAG